AUGACAGGAACGGGUGUGUUUUCGCUAGCUGUUCUGAACUCGCCAGGCAUCAUGCGGUCACCAGCGAAGCAGCCGCAAGGCACGCAGUCACCCAGCACACAGUCACCUCCAGAAAAGAAGCAGAAAACGCUGCCUCCCUCAGAGUCUCUUCCAAGACACGAGAUCUUAGGAGGGUAUAUCUUCGUAUGCAACAACGACACAAUGCAGGAAGACCUGAAACGUCAACUAUUCGGCCUACCACAACGAUACCGCGACUCGGUUCGCUCCAUCCAACCCGGGUUACCGUUAUUCCUGUACAACUACACGACGCAUCAACUACACGGGGUUUUCGAAGCCGCGAGCUUCGGAGGCUCGAACAUCGAUCCGACCGCGUGGGAGGACAAGAAGGUGAAGGGCGAGUCGCGGUUCCCGGCGCAGGUGCGGAUCCGGAUCCGCAAGGCGUGCAGAGCGCUGGAGGAGGACGAGUUUCGACCCGUGCUGCAUCACUACGACGGCCCGAAAUUCCGGCUCAUGCUGUCCGUUCCCGAGACUCUGGCCUUACUCGAUCUGUUCGAAGGCAAUAACUUCCCGUUCCGAUACCCGAGCAACAGCAACAACUCUUGGUGCAUGAAGACGCCGUCCCUACCGCCGCAGCAACUUUUCAAGCCCAAGAGGAUAAUGGCAGGAUAA